UCUAGACAGUAAUACCGCGCCAAUAAUUCACGGUACCUCGUAAAAAGUCGACAUUAAAGCGCCCCGGGCCUACAAAUCACCGGAGCCAAAUUAUGAGUUCGCUCGACUUCGCCAACGAGCUGUUUUCCAAAUACCAACAAGCCUCCGCGAGCUGCUCCGCUAUGCUCUUCACAGACUGUCCAACUUCUCCCUUCCCGUCUUCCUCUUUUGCUCCUGCCGUGUCUUCUUCGUGCGCCCUCAGCGGAUAUCACCUCCAUGUCUCUAGUGGAAGAGGCAACAGGGGGCUCCCAUUCCCUUCCUCCUUGUCUUCUUCAUCUCCUUCCUCCUCCUCUUCCUUUACCUCCACCCCCUCUUCUUCAUCGUUCUGUUUAUCUCUUUCGGGACUGAACCGGACCAGUGGGAGUACUCAGCCCGGCGUGCAUCCCAUCAACCCGGCUGAAGUGCUCACAGGAGCGGCGUAUAGCGAGUCGGGAGUCGGGCCGCUCUGCUCCUCACUGCCGGGAUGCGCCGCGGAGCGGAUAGCCUGUCGACCUCAGCUCAGCUCGCUGACUGCCAGACUCCCUGAGCCGGCCUGCAGGAGGCAGAGCAGCCCGGGUCAACAGAGGCAGUUAAAUGAGGAGGGGCUACGGAUUUACCCCUGGAUGAGGAACUCAGGUGCCGACAGAAAGCGCGGGCGGCAGACGUACACGCGCUACCAGACGCUCGAGCUCGAGAAGGAGUUCCACUUCAACCGGUACCUCACGCGGCGGCGGCGGAUCGAGAUCGCGCACGCGCUCUGCCUCACGGAGCGCCAGAUCAAAAUCUGGUUCCAGAACCGGAGGAUGAAGUGGAAGAAGGAGAACAGAAUCACGGAGAGCAGCUCUCCAGCAGCGGCUUUACCGACUGCUGAAGACGAGGAGGACGACGAGUGAUGAUAAUGAGUCUACUGGACACUUCAAGACAACAAACAGCCUUUGUCCUCCGGUCAGGUUAUCAUCAGACAAUACAUCAUGUUUGCUUUCUAAAUAAGCAAUCUGUGUUAACUUCAGUUUACUCUGUUCAUUAUAUUAUAUUAUAUUAUAUUAUAUUAUAUUAUAUUAUAUUAUAUUAUAUUAUAUUAUAUUAUAUUAUAUUAUAUUAUAUUAUAUUAUGAUAAAUAUAGGCAGAUUUUAGAACACGAUAGCCCCUCACUUAAACCUGUCUUAAAAUGGAGGGAUGACAUUAGGGAAAGAGUUCUUUAUGAAAAGAAAUUUCUGAUUUUUCAGAAAUAAAAGUAAAUCAAAUAUUACUAACACUAACAUAUGGUUAACCAUAGGAAAAGCCCACGUUCUAGUGGAGGGAUGGAGCCUGAUGUCGUACCUGUCGCGGCAGGAAGGGACAAUAAAGUUGUUGAUGCACAGGAGCGCUUGCUUCCUGUGGACACAAAGCUUAUUGUUAUCUUAUCUUGGUGUUUGUAAUUGCUCCAGUGUGAGGAAAGCCACACAGGAGUGAAACCGAUCAGUGUGUUAUCCUAUUAGAAUAUCAGACUGUUCUGGGUUCCACUCAGAACCACCAAAAGGAUUUUAGAAAUUCUAACGUCAUGAAUAAAUUUUCCACCACAGAACCGCUAUCACUUAAAAAAAUUAUUUUGGCUGGCCGCCAGCCAAACUGUGUGCAAUUUUCUGUGUAUUUAAGGGGAAAAAAAUGUAACUUUGUUAACGACCCUCAUGGUAUACGUUUUAAAGCCUUCUCCACAGACAUGUGGAAAAUGUUACUUUUGACUAAAAACAUUUUUAAAUCUAAUCAGAGUUACUAAUCAUAUGACCUUGGUGUCAUUAACAUCAGACAGAGUGUGUCAUCAGUUUGGUCUUUUGUUUGAAGAAAAGAAUUUGGGUUCAGUGCUGCUCCUACUUGAUUAUGUUUUAAUUGUAAGGUUGCUGACCCACCUUGAUGUACAGAAAGUCGACUUAGCUUAAUGCUGACAUACCUCAUAGACAGUAAUUAUUAAUAUCAGCUGUCCAUAUGAAAACAAAAGCCCAGUAUGAUUUGAUACAUCUGUCUGAAUUAUAUGCUUUAAAAAGAAUUAUAAGCUUUUCUUUGUCAUUGUCUUGUUCAGACUAAAACGUGCUUAUUUUUUGUAUGUAAAUAAUAAUAAUAAUCAUAAUAAAAGCUUAACUUCACUGAGCUUGUUGUCAUAACUCACAGAAAUAUUCCGAGACAGCAGCUGUGGUAGGUUUUUCACACUUUUGUGCUUCUGCUGGAAGAUCAGAUUCCUUUAUGAGAAGAUGAGAAUAAUAAGACAUCUGCUGCUAGAGCUACCAUAGCACUGUCAGUCAGAAUAUGAAAAACAGCUAAGCGCCACAUAAGUCAUAAGUAAAGAUUUCAACAUGUGGUUUGUAAAAUCUGGAUUGUGUG